CAAUUGGUAAGUCGCCUAAACCCUAGAGAUAAAACUCUCUCUGAUCGGAAAUUCCUGCAAGUCAAACCGCCGGAGAGACAAUUCCAAUAACUCCAAAAGCUCGCUCUCUGUUCGUUUUGUAUAUUUUGUUUGCUUCGAAAGGGUAUAUAUAAAAAGAAAAAAAGAGCAGAGAAGAGCAAUGGAGGAUGAGUAUUGUACGGACUGCAAGAUGCAAACCAAGAUGGCUUUCGAUCACGCCGCCGGAGACACGAUCUGCCGGGAGUGCGGCGCGGUGAUGGAAUCCUGGUAUAUUGACGAGACCGCCGAGUAUAGAACCUUCCAGAACGAUUGGGGUAACGACCACGACCCUGUUCGGGUCGGCGGUCCAACCAACCCGCUUCUUGCCCAAGCCGGCGGCCUAUUCACCAGGGUUUCAAAAGCUCCGGCGAACAAGAAUUCCGAUAUCGGAGACAAUCUUUCCCGAUUGCCGAGCCGCAGCGUCCGCGACCACGAUUACGACCGACUCCAAGCCAGUCUUUCCGCCAUUGGUGAGAUGGCGGAGAGGAUGGAGCUUGUUAAGACAAUUCAGGAUCGGGCCAGUGAGAUGUUUGUGAAAUUGGAAGAUCAGAAAUCCGCCACAAAGAAAAACAAAGACGCGUUAAUGGCUGCCUGCAUUUACAUUGCUUGCAGGCAAGCUCACGCGCCUCGCUCACCGAAUGAGAUUUCCACCAUUACCAAUGGAGUCACUAAGAAGGAAAUUGGCAGGGCAAUAAACUUUGUUAUUAAGCAAUUGCAGAUUGAAAUGGGGGAAACUAUGGAGAUGGAAUCGGUUCAGGCAGGGGAUUACUUGAAACGGUUCUGCUCCCAGCUCCUUAUGAGCAAGGAGCAGAUUAAAGCUGUCCAGGAAACAGUUAAGAGGUCGGAAGAUUUUGAUAUAAGGAGGAACCCGAAAUCCAUAGCUGCAUCUAUCAUAUACAUGAUUUCUCAGCUUUCUGCUGAUGAUUCGAAGAGACGGUCGUUGCGAGAAAUUUCGCUUGUUACCACAGUUGCUGAAGGCACCAUAAGAGAUGGGUAUAAGGAUCUUUUUGCCUAUUCAUCGAGGAUUAUACCAGAAUGGUUUGCCAAGGGAAAGGAUCUCAACCCUCCUCCCGUUUCUAAUUCAAGGAAGAGGAAAAACAGCGCCCAGGAUUGCUUGGGAGUGGGGACCAAAAAAUGAAGGUUAUUUCUUCUUGAUGCUUUUGCUCCCCAGUUUUCGAGCAUGUCCAAGUCAAUAGUGCAGGCACCCUGCGGGGAGUUUAGCUGUGAAGCAAUAGAGCUAAGGGAAGCUCUACACUGGCUAAACCAGAUGACAUUCCUGGGCAAAUCCUCCGUCCUGCACUAAAUGGCUAACGUUCAAAGUGAAUAUUCCCGUUGAAAUCAAUGUUAUUAUCUCUUUAUAAACCUUUUAGGUUAAAAACUUUCUGGAUUAUGCCAGUAUUUAGCAUUCCUUCCCAUUACCCGAAGAUAACCGUAACCUUUGUUUUUGUU